AUGCGGAAUUUUCCCCCAUCCAAAGGAACCAGUCGAGCUCACGUGUUGCCUCAGCCCCACUUCCUUGGCCUCAAAGGCAAAUCCUCGGAUCCUCGGCACAGGCUCUGUGUGUGCACUAACCCCACUGUCUCCCGCAGGAUCUCCUACGACCCCGCGCGGUUCCCGCGGUACCUCCCCGAGGCCUACUGCCUGUGCCGGGGCUGCCUGACCGGGCCCUCGGGGACCGAGGACUUCCGCUUCCGAAGCGCGCCGGUGUUCUCGCCCGCCGUGGUCCUGCGGCGCACCUCGGCCUGCGCGGGCGGCCGCGCCGUCUACACCGAGGCCUACGUCCCGGUGCCCGUGGGCUGCACGUGCGUGCCGGCGCUCGAGAAGGACUCGGCCGGCCUCAACUCCAGCCUGGACAAGCGGGACGCCGAGCUGCCGCGGGGCCCCGAGCCGCGCCGCCCCUGAGCGCCGGCCGCCUGCCCGCUGACCUCCCCGCGCCGGGAGGAGCCCGGCUGGGAGCAGCUCGGCCUGGGGCAGCGCGCCGAUGGACAGCUCCGGCUCCCCUUCUGGUGGAGCUGGAAUCGAGGGCGUGCGAUUACUAAAUCAGUGGGCAGGGAGCUGCCGGCCACGGACCCAGCGCAGCGCGGCGUGGGUGGCGCUGCAGGACCAACCGGCUCUGGAAAACGUGUCGUUCUGAGCCCCCUGCCGCCUAGGUGCUCCUGCGAGACUUUAUAGAUGUAAGCUUUUUAAAAAGUCGUUUUGAAAAAAUGUAAACAUUUCAUAUGGCAUUUUUAUUCAAUUGUUUUGCAUAGAGGCAGAAAUUACAUUAGCAAUUUGGGACAAAUAAACGUUUUUAAAAUUUACUAGACAUAUAAGCGAUUAGAAACAUUCAGUUUGCCUUGAGUAUUUUUCGGAUGCAUAGUGGGAAAUCUCAGAUGAACUCUUCAGCCAGCCCUGCCCUGGGCCUCGGAGCGCUGGCAGUUGUGUGGCUGCCACCCACGCAAGCACUCCCCGGACUCCAGCCUGCCAAGGCGCGCCGUGUCAGGUGGGGCCAGAGGAGCACUGCGGCUCCUGAGAAUCCAGGAAGUCAAGUCGUACUCAUGAGUACAUACAUCAUCUCAGAUGUAAGACAAUUUAAAUUAUGUGUGAGUGUGUGUGCUUUCACUUUUGAAAGCCACUGGGGUCGAUUUGUGGACAAGAAGUGGAAUACAACAUCUUUGCCAAUUCUCAGGAAGAAUCUAAGCAAGUAUUGGCUUAGUUUUAAGAACCCUUAGAUCAAAUCAAAUAUGACAAAAAAGGCCAAGGCCAAUUCAGAAUUUCCAGAGGCACUGAGGCAUUUUAUAUACUACACUUUGAGCUAAAUCCUCUGUCUGUCCCUGAACAUAAUUAUUUGUAAAAGAUGCUAUUUUUACACCAUUAAAAGAAUUAUAGAUGAAAGAUAUAUUGGCUCUGUGCAUUUCUCUCAGCUAGGUGGGUGUUGUUAUUGUUUUUAGUGUGAAAGAUUAAACCCAGGACCCUGUGCAUGCUAAGCACACACCCUGCCAUUGAGCUAUGCCCAACCCAACCUCAAACUGAUUUUUAGAGGAAACAAUAUUUAUAGAUCAUUUUAAUGAAAAAAAGCAAAACAAAAUUUCAUAACAAAAUAUAAGAAUAACAAUAUGAAUGCUGUUAUCCUUACUCAGCGUACAAGACACAAAUACCAGAGAAAUUUUACUACAUUUAUUUUUCAAUAUUUGGAAAUGUUUAUCUUAAUUUUGUGUUUGAGAUUUAAAUUCAUCAGUUUUUUAUUUUCUUUCUUUUUGGUGAAGAUUACUCAUGUAAACUCAAGCUUCUUUACCCUUUUAACACCACCAACCAAUCCAAGAAAUGUCCUUCAUUUAUAUGUGUUUUACUCCUAAGCUUCAUUUACACAGAAAUAAUGUAGUGUUAGUGACUGACAGCCUGAGUUUGAUUAGGACAAGAGUUCGAGCACUUCCAUCUACUAAAUGUUGGUGAGAGGUGUUCAUGAAAAAUGUAUCACUGCACGAAGUCCAGACUAACAAAAUUUUUUUUAAAAAAUCCAAACAUAAAGUGAUAUUGUAGAUUGUUCUGUUUCUUACUUG